CAACAACACAGAUCAUUGCAAGAAACUUGAAAUCUCCCUGAAACAGCAACAAGCUUGCUAGCUAGCUCGAGCUCUUUGCACUAAGCUCUUGCCUAGCUCAUCAAUACCUGAGUAGCUAGUUGCUCGAUCGAUCGAAAUCUUAGCUGAGUGAUGGACUUCGACUUGCUGAAUUCCUACCCGGAAGCGCAGCUUGACCUGAUGAGCACGAUGCUUCAGCUGGAGCAGCUCACUGCGCUCACUGACCAGUCGCUAUUCAUGGCGGCGCCAACUUCGCCGCCGGUAUCACCCAUGGGGACCCCUUCACCCCAGUUCUCUCCACCGCCGCAGAUGUCGAUGACCACCACCACGGCCGGUGGCUACCAGGAGCUCCAGGACCAGUAUUCCAUGCCGGCCACGUACGGCGCCGGUGCCGGCGUGCAACAGCUGGACUUCGCGAUGUCGUCCCCAGGCUCCGACUCCGGCGGACCGCAGGGCUCGUCGUCGUCGUCCGAGGCGAUGCGGGAGAUGAUCUUCCACAUCGCGGCGCUGCAGCCGGUGGAGAUCGACCCGGAGGCGGUGCGGCCGCCGAAGCGUCGCAACGUGCGCAUCUCCAAGGACCCGCAGAGCGUGGCGGCGCGGCUGCGGCGGGAGCGCAUCAGCGAGCGCAUCCGCAUCCUGCAGCGGCUCGUCCCGGGCGGCACCAAGAUGGACACCGCCUCCAUGCUCGACGAGGCCAUCCACUAUGUCAAGUUCCUCAAGUCCCAGGUGCAGUCCCUCGAGCGCGCCGCCGCCGCCACCGGUGCCGCCGCCCACCGCGCCGCCGCAUUCGGCGCGGCCUACCCAGCUGCCUUGCCCCUGCAGCACCACGCUCCGUGGUAGCUACCUAUACUAGCUCCCACAUGGACAUGGAUCGAUGGUGAUGAGACAAUCGUUUCCAUUACUAUCGUCUCACAUGCUUGUCGCCGUCGCCGUCGUCGAUCGAUCGCCACUGCUGCUGCCGCUGCAGCAGCAUGCAUGAUCACAUGCAUGCAUGUGUAAAUUAGUAUAAGAAGUAGGAGACCCCUGAUGACCAUUUAUUAUUGUUGCCGUUGUUAAUUACCGCAUGCUAGCUCGUACCGUAUACGUGGCUGCUCCGAGCUUUUGUUGGACUCGCAGCCCGUACGUGCAUAUAUGCGCGUUCGUUGUAGGCUUGUACUGUGCUGUACACACAUUUUCCUUCUACCUUGUUCAAUGCAGUACGUUUCCCGUACC